UUUUACUCUAUUGUCCUUGGCUUGGUACCAUCACAAAUUCAAACCACCUCCGUCACCAAGUUUUGCCUCCCGAUGGCAAUUAGGACUUUAGGAAGACCAAAAUUUCCCAUCCAACUAAAUUCAAUCCACAAUUUUAACCAAGAAUUCCCAAACCCAGUAUUCAAACAAUUCUCCACAGAUCCAAAAAAAGCCCUAACUUCGAUCCCGCGAAAAUCCCAUGAAAGGAACCUAAUUUCCCUUUCAGGUCUCUUUCGCAGGUAUGGUUUUCAACCCUCUCAAAUCAGCAAUUUCCUCAAAAGUAAUCAAUUUUUACUCAAUUUGAAGCCGUCCCAUGUCCAAAAGUCCCUCAAAAUUCUCUUAUCUUUGAAACCCUCACAAGAAUUUCUUUCUUCUGUUGUAUAUAGUUGUCCUAGUAUUUUAGACUUUGAUUUUCUUGAAAAAUGGGAAACCAAGUUUUCUGAUAUGGGAAUCUCUAAUUUUACAUCUUCAGCCAUCAGGAAUAUUUUUGAGGUUUCUAGGAGAUUUGAGUUGGGACCAGAUGAUGCUUUAAGGUGUGUAAUGUGUUUAAAAGGUUUAGGGUUUAGUGAGAGUACUGUGGUUAAUGUUUUGGAGGCAUUUCCCUUGGUGAUCAUGAUGGAUGAAGAUAGAAUUCGCGAUAAAAUGGUAUUCUUGAUGGAUAUUGGUUUUGAAAAAGAUGAUGUUGAUCGUAUUAUUCGCCUGUUUCCAUUUUCUAUGGCAUUUGAGGUUGGGAAAAAGAUGAAACCAUUGUUUGAUGAAUUUGAGGAUCUUGGUUUUAGCUUGGAUGUGGUUAGGUGGGAGGUCCUUAGAGACCCUCGAGUGCUUGGUAUGGAAGUUGGUGAGCUUACACAGUGUUUGAAAAUGCUGAGGAGUUUGAAAUGUAGAACUGUGAUUAAGGAGAAUAUUUUCCGUAUUGGAGCUUUUAGGGCCGGGUAUGAAGUGAAAAUGAGGGUUGAUUGUUUGAGGAAAUAUGGGUUGACAUAUAGGGAUGCUUUUACAGUGUUGUGGAAAGAGCCAAGGGCACUCCUGUAUGAGAUAGUGCACAUUGAGAAGAAAAUUGAUUUUCUUCUGCAAACUAUGAAAUUUGAUGUUUUCUGUCUGGUUCAAGUUCCAGAGUACUUGGGGGUAAACUUUGAGAAAAAGGUUGUGCCCCGAUACAAUGUGAUAGAAUAUUUGAGCUCAAGUGGUAGGCUUGGGGAUGAAGUAGGAUUGAGGGGCUUGAUUAAGCCUAGUCGGUUGAGGUUUUACAAUCUCUAUGUGAAGCCUUAUCCAGAGUGUAAGAAAUUAUAUGGGAGAUAUGCAGCAGCUGAAGUUAAAAGUAGGCAUCCAGCUGGAAUGUGGAAGCUUUUCCAACCACAAAAGCAUUCAGAAUCUAGAGAAGAUGUUGAAAACAUCAGUUCAGUAGAUGAUUGGAUGUGGGAGGCACUGUGCUUAUAUCAUGAAGAUACUUCCUGUCAUUGCAGGUUUACAAAGUUUUUUAGUUUCAGAAAUUUAGCAUGAUCCAUUUAUAGUAUGGACAUUAUUGGCCUAACAUAAGACAUAAAUAAAGGAAGGUAUGAAAUCAAUAUACAGCUACUGGUUUCAUUAGACAGUGGAAACUAUUGUAGUACAUGCUAUCAUCUGUGUACAGAUAUUUUUUUCCUCAUAUUCAUUAAUCUUGUGAUGUAUCUUAGCAGGGCAAUCAAAUAAUAUUCAGCCAAACUGCCAGAGAAUAGUUACUCAUGAUUGCUGAGGUGUGCAUGCGAGAAGAAUUCGAGUUAUUGGAGAAGUAACAUGUAAUGAUCGCUGCUCAUGGGAACCUUUGGGAUCAGUCAUAAUGUAUCUUGACAAAGCUAACUUCCCAAGAGGUUAUAUAGGUUUGGAACUUUCUACUGGUACACCCAUGCUUUACGAAUUCGAGGAUGGAAGCCUAAUUCAAAAGGGAAACCCAGAGGCACCAAUGCUGGGGUUCAUGCUUAACACUAGUGAGUAAUGAAUGUACUUCAACUUCAGAAAGAACAAGGCAGGGACGCUAUUUGAAGAUCAAAUGAAGCUGCAAAGAGCUCUCUAUAAAAUGAGAUGAUUGACUUUGAUUAGUGAGAGAAGUCGGCCUUGAAGAGUGACUCAGAAUCAUGUGUCAGUAUGUCAUACAAAGGCUAAUUCAGCAGCAUUUUUGUGGCAAUAUAGCUUUUGUUUGAGCAAGUAAUGAGACAAAUUCACUGAAAUUCUUUGAAUGCCAGCAAAAAUGAGGCUACAUCUUUACCAAAUGGUAACUGUUGGGGAGACUUGUCCACUUCAGUAACUGCAGAAAAUGUGUGUAUGUUUGUCUUGUUUUGUUUCUUAAGUGCUGGAACUGGUGGAUGAAGCUGUAGAUGCCGUAGGAAGAGUGGAUAGAUUUCUUGUUUGUCAAUUUCCAAUUUAUUUUCUUGUAAGAUUACAAAUAGUUUCUUAUAUGAUAUUUAUGCUCUUAUGAGUGUUUAUUUUGUACAAAACAAAGUAGAACCAGGAAAUAAGAGAGGUUCUUGAUUGGUGGAAAAAUAA